AUGCGACAAACCUCUAUUGGCCGGUUAGGAACAAACAGAAGAAAAACAAACAGGCCAAGCACAACAAAUGUGUCAAAACAACUUGUAAAAAAUAGUGGCUUAGAUACGGUUUACAAAUGGAAGGCAAAAGAAUGGAUCGAAAAUGAGCAUGUACCGGUGGGUCAAACGGAAUGA